AAAUAAAGCCGAGACGACGGCGGUGGCGGCGGUGAGCGCGCUGGAGCCCGCGCGGAAAACAUGCGGCGGGGAUGGGAGUGCGCCUAGCCUCGAGGCGGGACAGCCAGCCGCCCUGCCGCCGGCCGCAGGCCCAGCCGCCCCAGAACCCGAGCCCUGUUACGGAGCUCCUGGCGGCCCGGCCCCGAGGCGCAGCGGCCGCGCCGAGCAUCCCAGCCAGCUCGCACCAUGAACACCAUUGUCUUCAACAAGCUCAGCGGCACCGUGCUUUUUGAGGACCGAAGUGCUCCAGAGCGGGAUCGGGGUGGCCGGCCCUAUGGCGGUGUCCUGGACAGUCCCCAUGCCCGCCCCGACGUGGGCAUCCCCGACGGCCCGCACCUCAAGGACAACCUUGGCCUGAGACACCGGAGGACCGGGGCCCGACAGAAUGGCGGGAAGGUGAGGCACAAGCGGCAGGCCCUGCAAGAUAUGGCGCGGCCGCUCAAGCAGUGGCUUUACAAGCACCGUGACAACCCGUACCCCACCAAGACCGAGAAGAUACUCUUGGCCCUCGGCUCGCAGAUGACGCUAGUGCAGGUCUCAAAUUGGUUUGCUAAUGCAAGACGUCGGCUUAAGAACACUGUCCGGCAGCCAGAUUUAAGCUGGGCCUUGAGAAUAAAGCUGUACAACAAGUAUGUGCAAGGGAACGCAGAGCGGCUGAGUGUGAGCAGUGACGACUCGUGUUCUGAAGAUGGAGAAAAUCCUCCAAGAACUCACAUGAACGAAGGGGGUUAUCCUACUCCUGUUCACCAUCCUGUGAUUAAAAAUGAAAGCUCAGUGAUUAAAGCUGGAGUGAGGCCAGAGUCACAGGCUACUGAGGACUAUGUGUCACCCCCUAAAUACAAGAGCAGCUUGUUGAACCGUUACCUUAACGACUCUUUGAGACAUGUCAUGGCCACGAACACUGCCAUGAUGGGAAAAACAAGGCAGAGAAACCAUUCAGGAUCGUUUAGCUCCAAUGAAUUUGAGGAAGAAUUGGUGUCUCCAUCAUCAUCAGAGACCGAAGGCAACUUUGUCUAUCGCACAGAUGCUCUGGAAAAUGGCUCCAGUAAGGGUGACAGUGCAGCUCACAGAAAGGGGCCGAGCAAGGAUGAUACAUACUGGAAAGAGAUCAAUGCAGCUAUGGCCUUAACAAAUCUUGCACAAGGAAAAGACAAACUGCAGGGAACUACCAGCUGCAUCAUCCAGAAGUCUUCUCAUAUAGCAGAAGUAAAGACUGUCAAAGUACCACUCACACAGCAGUUUUGAGAGCUGAUCCAAUGGAUGUUCUUCAUGUCGGGGUUUUUACAUAAAUCCUCAUCCAGAGAGCUAAAGCAGGAGCAAAAAUGGCUCCCUUUCAAACCUCCUCUUAUCUUUAAUUAUCCAAACUAUAUCGUUUAGUUGCUUCUAUAAAAGAUAAAUUAUAAAAAAAACUCAUUUUAAUCAAAAAUAUUAACUUAUUUUAUGUUACUCAAAGUACGCAUAAAACGUCUGCAUUACCUUCAGUAAGUGCCUUGCUUCCCGAAAAUAAGCUCCAACGUGGGCAUAGUGGAGUGGCUAUGCCUCAAAGUGACAAUGCCAUAUGCUUAUUAUUCUGUGUGCAUCAUUCCAGUCAGACCUGACCAUUUCAGGACCGAACCCAGAAUUGCUGAAAGCCCUUGAAAUAUAUUUGAUAACUCACAUGCUAAAACUUGGAAAUCUGUUCAGCCCAGAUGAGUGUACCUUUAAAAAACAAAGUCUACAGUACUGAAAAUUGUUCAUUGUGUAUUUCAGAGUGCAGAGAGAAUUUUAUGCGUGUAUUUUUCUGCACAUCUGAUAAUGUUACAAACUUCCAAAAUGAAAGGUGCAAGUGAGCCAUACAGUCCACACAUUUGAGAAGUGAUUCCUUCAAACUACUUUAAAAUUCCAAGGAGUAUAUUAUGACCAGGAAAAAAUGUAAAUUAAGCCAGGCUGGAAAACACCACAAUGUCCUUUAGAAGUUUUUUGGAUUUUCUUUUUCUGAAGUUUUUUUUUAAAGUCUAUUAUAUAAAUGACUGAAAAUGUUCCUGUGUAACACAAAACCUAUAGUUUGGUUUUAAAACAUAAUCCUGUUUGCAUUAGAGUUCAGUGUUUUUUUGUGAUGGAAACUGUUUUUCAUAUGGAAUGACUAAAAGCUUUUUAUUUGGUUCACUUCAAAUUACAAUUGCUGAUGGGUAAUUUGUAUUGCAAUGAGAGCAAGACAAUGUAGGAAAUGUAUCUCUGUGAAUAUACAUAUACAUGCGUAAAAUUGAUUUUUAAAUUUAAAACAUAUGGAAAACAAAACAUUGAACAGUCUCUGGAUUCUGCCAACUAGGAUAUUUAAGUAAAAAUUAAGUGAAAUCAAGCAUUAAAGAAAGAACAUUUUGUUUCUAAAUUAGACUACCAUUGAGUGAGAAUAACCAAUAUCAAAAAAGAAGAGUAUCCUUCUCAAUCAACACUAAUAUUCUAAUCAGCUUGGGAAGACUCAAAACCUAAAUAAACAGUAGAGACACCAAAUAUAAAAGUGUGUGUGUUACAGAGAAGUAAAAAAGUACUUGACUGUUUUAUGGUGGGAUUUUUUUCUGGGUAUGUAAUCUAUUUUGUAAUUUUUUUUAACUGGAAAGCAUUUUUUUGUGUGUGAAUAAGAGCCAAUAGUGCAGCCAUGUGGUGACAUUUUUCUUUAUUUUGCAAAAUGCUUUUAAAACCAAAAGGCUGCUCUGGUUGCUAUAUGGACAGUGUCAGUCUUAAUAUAAGCUGUAGGACACUUUUUCAUGUAACAUAGCAUUUGGGGAUGGGGUUUAUUUAGUGAAUGAAAAUAAUUUGAUAUAAAAGUAUUUUGUAUAUAUAUUUUUACUUCUGUUCUAAAUUGGGCUUUGCAGUAACAGUAAGUGCAAAGCAAGAUACGUAAGUUAUGACUGUAUGAGCAGAUGAAGUAUUGGGCUCUUUUGGUUUACAUUCUUAAGUAGUUAGAGAUCCAUGAUGAAAACUGAGAUUGUUACAAAACAGUUUUGCCAAAAUGUGAGCAUGUCAGUGAAAACUAAGGGCAGAUGCUUCACUCUUUUUCAUACUAUAAUAAGUUAUUCUGGUAUUAAAUACUUUAAUAAAAGUAUUUGUUUUAACAUAUUUCAGUUACAUGAAUGAAUGCUGGUUGUAUUUUAUCUGAGUUAGUCACGAUUCAUUUUUGCCAUCUUUUAAAAAACAUAGGCAAAUUUGUUCUCUGUUAGCAACUGUAGAUGGCAAGCCAGUAUAGGACAGCUAUUCACACGACUUCUUUAAUGUACCAAAGAUGGGACUCUGGACUGUAAUCAUGUCAAAAAGAUUUUACAAUUAGCACAUCCUUUGCAAUAUCUCCAAUUGCAAUUUCUUUUAAUUUAUUACUUUUCUUUGUUGCUUUAACAUUUUCUGGAAAUUAAAGUCCCCUGCAUCCUUUAAAAGAAUCUUGAACAAUGCUGAGCCAGCAGCUGAGAAUCUAACUCAUUAUUUAUAUUAUAUACAAAUGGAAUUACCUCUCUUCUUCAUUUUGCCAAAUUGUAAUCAUUUAAAUAAAAUUGAUAACUGCCAGGAGUUCUUGACAGAUUUAAAAUAAAAGUUAACUUCUAGACCUC